GGCGUCUCAUUCACAACAAGUGUUACGUUUGUGUCCAAUAAACUGAAUGUUUGUUUGAUUGACUGAUUUGUUGUGUUGUUUUGGAUCCAAAAAAAACCGAUAAUUUUUUAGACCAAUUGGUUGGACAACACUAUCGGGUAUUUAAUUGAUUAAUAACUUUGGUUGUCAAUCAACCGUACGGACCAAUUGAUGGACACAACAAUACAUAUUGAUUUGAAUUGUCUGCUGUUGUGAUUGCAAUCUUGUGUUUGAAACGACUGAAGAGAACUUAACGAUUGAAGAGUGGAUUGUUUUGUCGAUUUAGAAGAAGAAGAAUAAUAAUAAUAAUAAUUAUAUCAAGAAAUGGAAGCGAUUAGCGAAUCGUCGGAUCAAUUGGUCAAAAGUGUCGACUGCUAUACAAGUCGUCCGUUAAUACUUCACGGCUAUAUCGGACCGUUUGUCUCAAUUUAUGUCAUAUUGAUCUACAAUUGGCUCAGCUAUUACUCGCAACAGGACUCGUCCCAAGAGAUCUGGUUCAUAGCCGUCGCACUGGUAGUUGUCGUCCAGAUAUUAGCCUAUCUGUUCAGCCAUUGGUCUGUUCAUUGCAAAAGUUUCUUUGCGUUCACCAAAACAUCUGGUCCCGGGUCGGCCACAUUUGUCAAAGUGGUUCCCACACCGAACAAUGGGUCGCCAGAGAUGGUACGUUUGCAUCACACAGCCAUCACUGACACCGGUGGUGACAAUAAGGAUGGCGGCGAAGAGAUAUGGUUUACAUUUCAAAAAACAAAAUAUGUUUACGAUUUUGAAUCGAAACGAUUUCAUGUCCUAUCGUUUCCGAUAAAUUUGGAGAUCACAGCCUACCAGAACUGGAAGGGCUAUCAGGACGACCAGGAGUUGGCCGGAAUUGAGCGGCGAUUUGGUCGAAACAAUCUGGAUAUGGAAGUACCCGAGUUUAUCGAACUGUUCCGCGAAAGGGCUACCGCACCGUUCUUUGUGUUUCAGCUGUUCUGUGUUGGCUUAUGGUGUUUGGACGAGUUCUGGUACUACAGUGUCUUUACUUUGGUAAUGUUGGUGGCAUUUGAGUGUGUCUUAGUUCAACAACAGUUGAGAAAUUUAUCGGAAAUCAGAAAAAUGGGAACCAAACCGUAUUCGAUACAAGUCUACCGAAACAGGAAAUGGAGAGCCAUUCAGACUAAUGAAUUAGUUGCCGGCGAUAUUGUCUCAAUUGUUCGAUCGCAGGACGAAAAUCUGGUUCCCUGUGAUUUGCUUCUCAUACGCGGCUCCUGUAUUGUUGACGAGUCGAUGCUGACGGGCGAAUCGGUACCCCAGAUGAAAGAACCAAUCGAAUCGAUUACCGAAAACAGAAAUUUCGAUAUCGAUAGUGACGGCCGAUUGCAUAUGCUCUACGGCGGAACCAAAGUUCUACAGCACACGGCACCGGUAAAGUUGGCCACUGGACUGAGAGCUGGUGAUAAUGGAUGUGUUGGCUAUGUUUUGCGUACCGGUUUCAACACAUCGCAGGGCAAACUGUUGCGGACAAUACUCUACGGCGUCAAGAGAGUGACUGCAAAUAAUUUGGAAACAUUUGCGUUCAUAUUGUUUCUGUUGAUCUUCGCGAUCGCUGCCGCCACUUAUGUCUGGAUUAAAGGAACCGAAGAUCCCAAACGCAACCGAUAUAAGUUGUUCCUCGAGUGUACACUCAUAUUGACAUCAGUGGUACCGCCAGAGCUGCCAAUUGAGCUCUCAUUAGCUGUCAAUACAUCACUGCUGUCGCUCUCAAAAUUAUUUAUCUAUUGUACGGAACCCUUUCGCAUACCAUUCGGUGGCAAAGUCGAUGUCUGUUGUUUUGACAAAACUGGAACACUAACCAGCAAUGAUUUGGUUGUCGAAGGUGUGGCCGGUAUUAAAGACAAAGAAAAAGUUUGUCCACUCAGCGAUGUACCCCUGGAUACGAUUCAGAUAUUGGCGACCUGUCACGCAUUGGUUCAACUAGAAGAUGGCUUAGUUGGCGAUCCGCUCGAAAAGUCUACACUGAAUGCUAUCGAAUGGAUGCUAACGAAAGCCGAUGCAGUGAUACCAAAGAAAGGCAAAUCACCGGGUCUUAAGAUAUUUCAUAGAUUUCACUUUUCAAGUGCUCUCAAGAGAAUGUCGGUUAUUGCCAGCUAUUCGGCGCCAAAUUCUUCGGAUAUCAUCUAUUUUUCGGCAGUAAAAGGAGCGCCAGAGAUAUUAAAACCAAUGUUUUCAAAAGUUCCCGAUAAUUACGAUGACGUCUACAUUGAAAUGUCUCGAAGAGGUACCAGAGUUCUGGCGUUGGGCCGGAAAACACUGGGAAUGCUAUCCCAUCAACAAGUCAGAGAUAUGAACCGAAAUGAUAUCGAAAAGAACUUAGAAUUUGGCGGCUUUUUGGUAAUUUCGUGUCCACUCAAACCCGACUCGAAAUCUGUUAUGAAAGAGAUAAUUAGUUCACAACAUCACACUGUUAUGAUUACCGGCGACGCACCGCUUACCGCCUGUCAUGUGGCCAAAGAGUUACACUUUGUGUCGAAAAAGAAGGAGACAUUGAUUUUGACCCCUAUUGACAAUCAAAAUGACUAUCAAUGGAUAUCGAUUAACGAAAAGACAAAACUCGAUUGCAUUCCCAAAGAUUUGAAACAAUUUUUCAAUUCCUACGAACUCUGUAUUACCGGCGAUGCACUUAACUAUUUGAUUGGCAAAGAUCUGAAAUUUUUUAAGAAACUAUUACCACAUAUCAGAGUUUUUGCCAGAGUUGCGCCCAAACAAAAGGAAAUCAUUAUAACUUCAUUGAGAAGUUUAGGAUUUAACACAUUAAUGACAGGUGACGGAACCAAUGAUGUCGGAGCUCUAAAGCACGCACACGUAGGAGUGGCACUGUUAGCCAAUGCACCGCUACAGGCAUCCGAUAUACCAAAGCCGAAAAAGGCGACGUCGUCGUCGACGACCAACGACUCGAGUGAAAUGAGCAAUAAUAUACCGCGCAAUCGGAUGAGAGGUCGACCGCACUCGGAACGUAACUCGGGAACUGGAUCGAGCACACGGCCACAGAAUCGGGCAGCCGAUACCCAACAGCAAUUGCAGCGAAUGAUACAGGAAAUGGAGGAACAGGACAAAGCAACAGUUGUCAAACUGGGCGACGCUAGUAUUGCCGCACCGUUUACAUCAAAAUUGUCGUCAAUUCAAUGCGUUUGUCAUAUCAUCAAACAAGGUAGAUGUACACUGGUUACGACACUACAAAUGUUCAAAAUACUGGCCCUCAACGCACUAAUACUUGCCUACAGUCAGUCCGUACUAUACUUGGAUGGCAUCAAGUUUAGCGAUGGACAGGCCACUCUACAGGGUUUACUACUGGCCGGUUGUUUCCUAUUUAUAUCGAGAUCACGGCCAUUAACCACACUAUCCUCUCGGCGACCAUUGCCCAACAUAUUCAACAUUUAUACGAUUCUUACAGUUUUAUUACAAUUUGCGGUCCAUUUUUGUACACUAAUCUAUUUGGUUAACGAAGCAAAAGUUCGGUCUCCGAAAGCGGACGAAAAGUUUGCUGAUUUAGACGCCGAGUUCAAAGCAUCUAUCAUUAACUCAACUGUUUAUAUCAUAUCUAUAUCACUGCAAGUGUCGACAUUUGCUGUUAACUAUAAGGGCCAUCCGUUUAUGGAAAGUUUGACUGAAAAUAAGCCCUUACUCUAUAGUAUUAUCGGCUCAUUUGUGGCAGUUAUCUGUUUGGUAACCGGUUUAUUACCCGAUCUGUCCAAUCAGUUCGGUAUUGUUGAGUUCUCAUUAGAUUUUCAAAAAGUGCUACUAUCGGUGCUGGCCAUGGAUCUGAUCUGUGCAUUAGCCGUGGACAGGAUUCUCGAGUUUCUCUUUGGUAGAGCAAAGUUAAAAAGUCUUUAAUAAUAAUGUAUUGUUUUUUAAAAUUUUUAAUUAAAUUAUAGUUUAGUUUUUUUUAAUUGAUAAUUUAAGUUUAUUUUCUAAAUGAUU